AGUUAAGUUCCCGUGUCGAUGGCGUUCUAAAGUGGUUGCAUUUAUGAUACAUCCUUCUUAAUCUUAAUCACACAUCCGAAAAAAGAUCCAAUCUUACUCUCUUUCAAUGAAUACUCUGGCCAAGAGCGGUGGCGCGUUGCUGAUUUCGCCGUCGUUGGCGACGGCUCUGAGGAGAAUGAGAGUGGCUGGUUUCGCCACGUCAUCGUCAUCAUCUUCCUCUCUUAACUGGGAAGGUGGAGUUUCCAUGGUCCAAGGAGCUUCCAGAGGCAUCGGCCUCGAAUUUGUACGACAGUUGCUCGAGAAAUAUCAGAAAGGGUAUGUUGUUGCUACUUGCCGAAAUCCAAAAGAAGCAACAAGUCUCUCUGAUUUGAAGAACCGUUUCUCUGAAAGACUCUUGAUACAAAAGCUUGAUGUUACAGAUGAAACUACCAUUGAGGAAUCAGCCGAAUCUGUGAGAGAAAGAUAUGGUUCUCUCAACCUGCUUAUAAAUGCAACUGGUAUACUCUCCAUUCCUGGUGUAUUGCAGCCAGAAACAACAUUGAACAAGGUUGAAAAAUCAUCAUUGAUGCUUGCUUACGAGGUUAAUGCGGUUGGUCCAAUUCUAGUGAUGAAGCAUAUGUGGCCUCUCCUUAAGGCUGGUGGAGGAAGUGGAACCGAGAGGGAAGUUGCUGUUGUAGCCAAUUUAAGCGCCCGAGUUGGAUCAAUUGGAGAUAACAGACUUGGUGGUUGGCACUCUUACAGGGCUUCAAAAACCGCACUCAACCAACUGACGAAAAAUGUAUCAGUUGAGAUGGGUAGGAGGAAGGACCCUGUGGUAUGCAUUCUACUGCAUCCAGGCACAGUAGACACUGAUCUAUCUCGACCAUUCCAAAGGAAUGUUCCCGAAGGAAAGCUUUUCACUAAAGAGUACUCUGUUGAGAAACUAUUGCACAUCAUCAACAAUGCAAAGAGACAAGACAACGGCAAGUUCUUUGCUUGGGAUGGCCAGGAGAUACCUUGGUGAUUUCUAUUGUUUGCUUGGGAUGGCCACUUCUUUCAAAUUGUAUUGAAUUCUUGUCGAGUUUUUUUCCCUUUCUUGAUUAAGAGCUAUAUCUUCGAGUAUUGUCGAAUAAUCUGGAGUGAGUGUCCAAAAGUUGAGAGCUUUCUGAGUAUUCAACAAUCAAUUUGAUGGUCCAAUCUUUUUUCUUUUCUUGAAAAAAUUGCUCUUUUUUCCUUGAGACGAUUCAAUAAUUAAUGUGAUGGUCUUUCUGUAA